UUUUUUGUGCAAAAAAAAAAAAUAAGAAAAUGGUUUGUGAUAUGAGCGGCAAUCAUGAACAUUAUAAAAUGUCAAACAUGUCAAUAUCGAAAGAAUGCAAUGCAGAAAUGUUUCGUCCGCAUGUCUCCUGCACAGCUCAAAACUCUUUUCCUUCACCCCAAACACUUUCGUUUUCUUUAAACCAUAACAAUAGUCAUGGUGUUCCAAUGCAUUGUGAUGCAUCAUGGAGUAACUCGUUGGAUGGUCCGUUUUCUUAUGACAUGUAUAAACGAUGUAAUUUACGGUGCUGUACUCUAUCAAAAAAUGCUGCUUGCUCUCCCUGCUCUUUGUUACAUCAUGAGAAUUCUGUACCUGAAAUGGAUCCGAAUUCCUUACAACCUAUAUGUUGUUGUAAACAUGGUCGAACGCAAAACCAUGUGGACUCGUACGCAAACAAUCCAGUCGAUUUGUCGCUAAGACCUUUUCCUAUAGCAAAACAAUUGUCCAGUCAAACAAGUUUUCAAAGUCCUCAUUUUUGGAACCGAAUGGAAACGCUCGCAAAUGAUUGUUCACAAAAACAAAUAUGUUUUUGUAAUACUUGCUGUAACGCGCCAUGCUGUUUCAAAUCCCCUUCUUUACAAUGUAACAAUGUUCAUAAACCAAUCGAUUUUUACUCACCAGAACAACGCACCACAUUAUGGGAACCUGUGGUUGAUUAUGCUCAUUCCCAUUAUGUUUCUUGUGAUAAUUCAAAAAAAGUUUCCACUCAAUGUCCAAUGGUGUAUGAAGCACCUGGUUGUUUUCAUUCUUCUUGUUAUGAAAAAAAUAUAUGCCAUCAUUCACAAGCUUACGCCAAUGCGACCUACUGUUGUCAACUAUCGUCAAAAAAUCAUGAUAGUACGCCUAUACUUUGUUGCCAUGGUAUGCAUGGAGCGAAAGAAUCGGUGCACAAAACAGUUCGAUCCAACACUUCAAACCCUAUUUCUUAUCCUUUUAAACCUUGUGAAAAAACAAGCUUGUCACAUGACAGUAGUACACAAACAGCUUCAAGUCGUCAUUCACUCUUCACAUCUUUCAGUAGUACACCUCGUGAACAUUUAGGUCUAAAAACAACCGCAUUUCAGGAACUUUCUCAGAGCAAUAAGGAGUCCAGAAUUUCACAAACAAAAAACACUAUGCUUCGCUUUAUUGAAUCCAAAAACCAAUCAAACAGUAUGCCAUAUAAAAAAAAAAUGACAAAUGAUAAAAAAGAUGCCAAGAAAACAUUUCUUGUAAAAGAAAAAUUAACAUGCCCUGCAAGGAAAAUUAAUGAAAAGAACAAAUGGCAAUUACCGCAUCAAGUACAAAACUUGUAUUACGAAGGUGAACCACCUGAAUUAAAAGAAGAGUAUGCCACAGAUCCAGAUAUUUUACCCCUUGCUUCAAAAAAAAAUUUAUGUAAAGAAACGUGUUCCUCUAUAGAAAACACAACAAAGCACGAUCAAGGAAAACCACAACAGGCAUUUUUAAAGAAAACGUCUUUUGGUACUGCAUUAGGUAGAAAUAGAUCAUUUUGGAUUGGAAAACAACAGAGAAAAACAAAAAACAUUCUUUCUCAUACGUUGCUACCAUCCACAAAUGAAGGUAACGUUCGGGAUGAAGCUUGUGAAACCUUUAGUAAACCAUGGGAAGAAACGCUCCGGUGUCCUGGAAAUUCGUUAUUAUCUUAUGACAAAGAAAAAACAUACCGCUCAAUUAAGCAUAACCAAAGUACGAAACAAUUGAAUAGUCAAGGGAACAUUCAAGCUAAUAAAUCAUUACCUGUGAAUGUAAUGAAAUUAUUUGACACUGAUAUAUUGCCUUGUCAAAGAGCGACUUCACGUUCACUUUCUUGCAGUCACGAACCUUUCACAACAAAAAAAGUAGAUGUAAAACAUCUUCCUCAUUCAACAGAUGGUAUUGAGGUGACUUCGACGUUAAAAAAAAUUGAAACAAAGGAUCAAGAUGUACAAACGGAUAGUGUUGAGGAUGAAGUCAACACUCCCACAUUUCAAAGUAAAGUAGAUGAAGAUAUAGUCAAAACUCUAUUAAAUGAAGAGAAUUCAUUCAAGGAAGAAAAAAAAAAACUUUUACAAAAUUCUUUACAGAAAACACCUUGUACUGAAACAUGUCAUUUACAAGCUAGCAAAACAAUAGAAACAUUUCAUGUUGAAGAAAAUAAUGAAUUAUGGAAGACUAGUGCACAACAAAACUCGCGUGAAAACUCAAGUCUUGCUUUGAAUUCAAAUGAUUCAACAAAGACAUGCUGGAAAAAAUUACACUCUUUAUUGUAUACGUCGCCCAAAAAACAUGGAAAUUUACAACCAAUUCAAAGAAAUGUAACUGAUCAUUUCCGUAUGCGUCGAUUACCCAAACCUCUUUAUACUAAAAAUUAUGAAAUCAUACCUAUAGGUCCCCUUACGGAAUCGGUUGCUAAAAAUACAGCGCUUUCAACAAAAUGCAGUUUACCUUUACCUUAUGCUGUAUAUCUUUAAUGACCAAAACAAAAUAAACCGGAUGAAUUCCAUUAAAAAACACAGUCAUGAGCACGAAGAAAUAAAGCUACGCAGACGUAUAGUUAGAUUCAUUAAAGUUUUUUUAAAGUAUUUUAUAAUUGUGUCAGUGUUACUAAAUUAAUUUUUAAAUAAAACUUCGACUACAGUGUUGUAAACACGUUCAUUUAAAUUCUGAUCUCAGAAUGACGCGUAUUUAUGUGACAGAAAAAAACAAAAAUUACCUAGAUUCUCAAAUGUUUGCGAGUGUGAGUUGUUUUUAUUAUUUUUUUUUUUUUUUUGUUUCAGCUUUUUUUUCAAUUUUUUUUUUCUAAUAGUUUAUCGCAUUCAACUUUAGACUAUUUUUCUUCACUUUACUACCCAACAUAUCAGUCCUAUCGACCGUUGACUCAACAGUACCUAAAUUAUGACCCUUAUUUUCAAAAUGGAUUACAAUUCAAUCCAUACACUCAACAUGGAGUAACGCGCCAACAAUAUGACGUUCCCGUUUCACCCCAUUUUUCCUUUAAACCACCAAUCCACCCUAGCCUGAGUUCUUCAAAAUGGGGUCUUCAACCAAGCCAAAUGUCUCUACCCCUGCUUAAAACACAGCAGACUGAUGAUAUGUUGAUGCCCUCUAAAUCAUUAUCUACAUUAUUUACUGUCAACGAAAACUUUUUUAUGUCACAUAAACAAAUUAAUCUAAUUCAUGAACCUCUGUUUUUUUUAAAAAAAACUAUUAUUCUUAUGUGCUCUGAUAAAGACAAGUUAUUUUUACUCAAUCAAAUAAACGCCGUUUUAGACGAGGCUAUUGAAUUAAUUGAAUCCUCGUAAAACGUUACUUUUAAUUAAAAAAAAAAAAUAAAAAUUCUUUUGUUGAUUUUUUCAUAAUAUCGUGAUGUUAAACGUCUAAAAAUUUUGUUAAAUUAAACCAGACUGUCAAAAUUGUA